AUGAACAUGUGUUCAAAAUGUCACAAAAACAUCAUCUUAAAUCAAAACCAAGCCAAACUCACUGCAAGCAUCAUCAAUGGCGACUCAACCUCAACUAACCCCACCACCAUUCCUCUCCAUCCUCAACCACCUUCUGAGGUGGAGGCGGUGGUGGCCCAACCAUCCACCGUACCACCACCACCGUCAGCUGGUCCGUCUCGGUGCACCGCGUGCAGGAAACGGAUCGGGUUAACCGGGUUUAGUUGUCGAUGUGGGAACGUGUUUUGUUCGGUUCAUCGGUAUGCUGACAAACAUGAGUGUUCGAUUGACUAUCGCGCAAUUGGGAAAGAUGCGAUAGCGAAGGCAAAUCCGAUUGUGAAAGCGGAAAAGCUUGACAAGAUAUGA